UUGGGAAAGACAAUCACAUGUCGGGCAGCCAUUGCCUGGGCAGCCAAUUCUCCUCCUUCAAUUGAGGAAGUGCAAGUUGAGCCACCAAAGCCUAGAGAAGUUUGCAUUAGGAUGAUGUCUUCAGGGAUCUGUGGUUCUGACGACCAUGUGCUGAAAGGAGAACUCUCGAUGAACUUUCCUUUAAUUCCGGGUCAUGAAGGAGCAGGAAUUGUGGAGAGUGUUGGUGAUGGAGUUAACUCCAUGAAACCAGGAGAUAAAGCCCUCACGCUCAUCGUUCCACAGGGUAGAGAAUGUGACUCCUGCUUGCACCCCAAAGGAAACUUCUGUGUCAAGCAAGACGUUCUUCCUUGUUCUGGGACGACGCUGGACGGGACCUGUAGAUUUUCCUGCCGGGGACAGAAGGUUUACCAUUCCUUCCGCACAAGCACAUUCUCCGAGGACACUGUCGUGCCCGAGAUCGCAGUGGUGAAAAUUGAUGCUGCAGCCCCUAUGGAUAAAGUUAAGUCAGCCAAGGUCACCCCUGGCUCCACCUGUGUGGUUUUUGGACUCGGAGGGGUCGGCUCUGUCAUUGUCAUGGGAUGCAAAGCCUCUGGUGCUUCUAGAAUCAUUGGGGUUGACGUCAAUGAGCAGAAGUUUCCUCGGGCAAGAGCCUUGGGCAUCACUGACUGCCUCAACCCUACCAAGCUCAAGAAGCCUGUCCAUGAGGUGGUGAUGGGAAUGACAGGUGUUGGAGCUGACUUUGCCUUUGAGGCCAUUGGAUUGGUUGAUACUAUGAAAGGAGCAGGUCUCCAAGACACGACAGCCAAACACAACAAAACAAGAUACAGUAAGAUAAGGCAAAAAGCCCUCAUACCAGACCUGUACCCGGCAACCCAGUGA